AUGGCUGCGUUCCGCCCUCAAACCCUAAAUUCCUUCCCUUGAUUUUUGCAUCUCAACCAUUUUCUCGAUCGUCGAAUCGAUGCUGAUGCUAUUUCUAAUCCCAACAGGCAAACCCAUCUGUGUUUGUUUCUGUUGCCUGCGGCCCCUUUUUGUUCUCUUGUAGUCUGCUAAUUUGAUUUGAUCGUUCUUUGGCCCUUUCCGUCGGUUGAGUCGAUCGUGCAUUUAUUAAUUCGGGUGAUUCUGGGGCCAGAUUCGUCUCCGUCGGCCGCGUCCCAUUCCGCUAGAAAUAAUUCGGUCUUUGGUCGUGCUCGAUUACUUAAUUUUUAUUCCCCUCUUUUGCUUGUCGUGGGAAUGGAAAGACUUGGCGCUGUGUAUUUUAGUUAGGAGUAGCCAGAUUUGACCGCACGUUUAUUGGAUGUUUGCUCAGAUCGGGGGAAGGGAGAGUUUGAUGUCGAAAGGACUUGUAUAUGGUUUCUGUGUUCUUUCCUUUUCUGUGUAGUUACAGCGUUGAGCGUUAAAAUUCCUGAAGAAGAGCAUGCGUGUAGAGUAAUUUUUACCUCUGCAAAUUGCAACGACGGAUAAUUUUAUUAGGGGUUGAUGUUAUUUGCACGUUUAGUUGCUCGCUCAUGGAUGAGAGUAGCAUGCAGUUUGGUAUUUUUCAAGACUUGAAUUAUGUUUGAAAUUAACACAGGUCAUUUUUGCCUAUACAUGCCAAAAAUAUUGUUCCUACUGAGACAGAAAGGCCUAGAGUAGUCCUUAGUGAGAAGAUAGGUGAUCCAAAUAAACUGAAACACAGAAUCGAUCUGCAACCUUAUGGCUUGUUGUUCAAGUAGGAAGUAUCAACAGUUGUGUUUCAAUGAACAUGGGUCGUUUUGCGUAUUCAUGCCAAAAAUAUUGUCACCUCCAGGGCAAUAAGACCUCAUAAGAAGUAAGGUGAUCCAAAGAAACCGAAACAGAACUGAGCAACAACCUUAUGGCUUUUUGUUCAAGAAGGAAGUUUCAACAGUUAUGUUUCAAUGAGCAUUGGUCAUUUUGCUUAUUCAUUUUGCUUAUUCAUGCCAAUAAGGCCUCAAGCAGUCCUCAAUAAGAAGGAAGGUGGUCCAUAGAAACCAAAACAGAACUGAGCAACACCCAUGUGGCUUGUUGUUCGAGUAGGAAGUUUCAAUUGAAGAAGAGCAAGAAAUGUUCUGAGACCUAACCAUGAGAGGAUCUAAAUUUAGUCCAGCAAUAGCUUUUGAUAAGAAUCAAGUAUCAGUAAAAGUUCCCUUAAGUAACAAGGCUCUUUGUGGCAUUAUAUUUGGAUCAACACUAUGGCAUGUGCUCAUGAAUAGUUAAGGAACUAUAACUUUUGAAGUUCAAACUGCCCAAUUUAUUUUUAAUUUGUAUUUUGAAUCCAAUCCAAAAGUAAACCACAUUAUUCAUUCAGACAUUUUAUAAUUAAACUGGAUUUCCGUCCAGUCUAUUUUCUUUAAUAAUAUAUCCACCUUGUUCAACCUCCUUGAGUUAGAAUUACAGCAUUGAUGGUUUAUCUACCCAUGCAAAGCAGGACAAGGAUUCCUAAUCUUCCUGAUUCUCAUUGAUAUUGGAGUUUUAGGAAAAUGUGAUUUGAAUAAUGUUUGCUUUCUGAUGAUUUGUAUUGGUUGGAACUGAUUUUUUUAUUUAUUCUCUGUGAUAUGUUUUUGUUAGAUAGUCCAAAUGCAUAUGUCUUUACUGUUUUUACAUGACACUGAUGAAUUCUCAGAUUUUACAGAAUGAAGAAUCUGAUGACAUAUAUUAAUUGGAAGUGUGAAAGCUAUCUGGUUCUGCCUCGCAGAGCCUGUUAGAUGGAUAAACUUAAGGAAGCAACUGUCUCAUAGAAUACAUGGGUUGUUGUGUUGGAGGUCUAGCCAAACCUCAAUCUUUACCAGAAAGAACGCCGAUGGCAUCUAAGAAGAUAAAUAUUGGUCAUUUUUCAGCACACAAAGAAAGCCAAUGGUCUUCAAGUCCAGAGGCAAUGGAGAACAAUAUUAGCAUAUCUCAUUCCCUUGAGACAAAUUUCUCUUUAGCACCUAAUGCUGCCAAUGAGAUCAUGAUGUUGCCAGAGGAAAAUCAUAACAACUUAUUUACUAAUCAAGUAGCUGCUAUAGCUUGGAAUGAGAUGCGAAGAGAAUGGGUUGGAGAUCAGUCUAAGAGAUCCCAUAUGGCUCCGAGAGAACCCACAAUAAGCUGGAGCACCACAUAUGAGGAUUUAGUCUCAACCACUCAACCUUUUCCGCAACCCAUCCCAUUGUCGGAGAUGGUGGAUUUUUUAGUUGAUGUCUGGCAUGAAGAAGGCCUUUAUGAUUAGAGACUGUCAUCAUCAUAUCAACAUUGGAUCAUCCCAGUUCGAUCUUCUUGUGUGUAGAUUUCCAAGGAUGGUUGUUGUCCUUGAACCGUGCAAAUCAAAUACAGAUGUUCAGCUCCGAUGAUGUGGAUUGUAAGUCCUUCAUCUGAAAGUUUAUACAGCAUAAUUGUUAUUUUUUGUGUCAGGAGGGUGACUUUUUUGCAUUCAUCUGAUCCUCGGCAUGUUUUUGUCGUGAUGUUAUCGGUCAUGUUUAAUGUUAAUCUGCAAGUUGUGAUCAGCAUUCA